AGAUUUCUGCUAAGAUGAACUCAAAUCCCAUCACCUAUCCAUCCAUGCAAUGCAUUAUCAAACACUUGGAGGCGAAUAAAAGAUUCCAACUUGUCGCACAAUGCUCAUCACUUGUAAAGGUCGAAAAAUCACAACCACUAGUUAUAAAGAAGCUGAUUUUCAAUCGUAGGACAAUCUCUUUCAAUGGAGUGAAAUAUAAACUUGGUGCCAAGAACAAGUUCGAAGCCCCACACACUCUUGCGAUCAAGCAACUCAAAGGACGAGGUCCGCAGAUCAAUGUUCAGUGGUUGGAUUUUCCAGAUGAUGGUCGGAUUCUUGAGCUGCCAGAAUCCUUCAAGAAGUUCAAAGUUCAACAUUUCAUGACUCGGUCAUCGGAUAACCCCCUAAUCGAACGAUUUAUCGAUCCGAAGAGCUUGCCAUUGAAAGUAGUUCAUAUCUCCGCUCGUUACUAUAUGAGUUUGCUGGAUCAAAAAAUCUUGAGAACUGCUGAAGGAUUGACUAUUCCGUGUGUUCCUCCAGAACUGUUCCACGCCAUCGGAAGGAACUCUACCUGCCGAAUUGAUCAGAGCUGGUCUUGACAAUGAUGCUGAAGUUUUCGAUUUUCUCAAUUUGAUUGACGCUUUGCUCCAACAAGACCGGGAAUACACAGGCCGUUGCUUCAUAACUGAGGAUGUCGAUUUGGUUAGUGAAUUAUUCGAAGCAUUCACUCUACUGGCAGAAGAAAAAGAUCCUGCGAUUUAUGAAGAAGAAGAAGAUGAAAAUUUUGACCCAUUUGAAGAUGGGUAUACCAGAUGCGAUGAAUUUCCAAAUGAAAUCGCAUUCUGGUUCAACGAUGAUAUGGUCAUUUCUGCUGAUGUUAAGGAAAAGGGAGACGAUUUUCAAUUGUGGAUAUGGCUUCGCGAAGAAGAAAAGACUUUACUUGACUUGUUUAUCAAUUAUUUCUAGGUUUUUCGAAUAAAAUUGCUCUUCUGUUAAAUAAAUUUAAUAUUUUU